GACUUCAUCGCACGGGACCUGGGCCCUGCGCUGGCCAACAGCUCCCACCGCGACAUCCGGCUCAUCAUCCUGGACGACAACCGGCUCCACCUCCCGCACUGGGCCAAAGUAGUCCUGGAGGAUGAAGCAGCAGCUCGCUACGUCCACGGCAUCGGCAUCCACUGGUACCUGGACUUCAUUGGACCCAUACAGGACACGGUGGUGCCCACUCAUGAGCUCUUCCCCGAUUACUUCAUCCUGGCCACAGAGGCGUGCAUCGGGGCCCACUUCUGGGAGAGAGAUGUGAUCCUUGGCUGUUGGGACCGGGGGAACCAGUACAGCCACAGCAUCCUGACGAACCUGAACCACUUUGUGGCUGGUUGGACCGACUGGAACUUGGCCCUGGACCUGGAGGGGGGGCCCAAUUGGGUCAAGAACUACGUGGACAGCCCCAUCAUCGUGGACACCAGUGAAGGCAUCUUCUACAAGCAGCCCAUGUUCUACCACAUGGGGCACUUCAGUAAGUUCAUCCCUGAGGGCUCCCAGCGUGUGGGGCUCGUUCCCUCCAAAGAGUCCAAGAAGACGGACCUGGAGUACACGGCUUUCCUGCGCCCCGACGGUGCCGUGGUGGUGGUGGUUCUCAACCGGUCCCUGCAGAACAUCACCUUUGGGCUGGCCGACACGGUUGGUCUCAUCGCAGCCAUGGCUCCAGCCAGCUCCAUCCAGACCUACCUGUGGCGGCGGCAGUAACAGGGCUGGGAGGCCCAUGGCUGGCCAGGAGCUGGACUGAGCCGGGCUGGGAGAGCCCACAGUGCCCUGGGCUCAGGCCUGGGAGUGCGGAGGAGGUGGCUCACCGCUGUCUGUGCCACAGCGGAGCUGAGCGCUCGGGCGAGCCGGAGGAGUGAGCCAGGCUGUGCAGUGCCAUGCGUGUGCAGGAGGGCUGGGGGCACCAGUGCCCCUUGGGGUGGAGAUCCCACAGGCUAUGAAUGCUGUUUUCUGCUGCUCCGACAUUAAAUGCUGAUGCUGCCUCUA